CAAACAGGCGAAUUCACCAGACACCUAGGCGAAAGUAAACAGCAGUAGCUCCGUUAUUUACUUUUGCUUUAUUAUUUUGUUAAAAAUUGACAGGUUUGUUUGGACAAAUGGGCUUCUUGAGAUGAAUGAAACGGUGGUAAUUCAGCAAAGAGGAGUGAGAGUUUACGAUGGGGAAGACAGUGUAUUUAUUCGUAGAUAUUUAGUGUGGAUUCAACAGAAAUUUCUGAAAUGACAACCGCGUGGAAAAUCCAACCUGACAAUGAUAACAAUGGCUGAAAUCGCUUGUCACAGAUCAUAUUCUUUGAGGAGCAAACAGCUGGCAUCGGAAAAAGUGCCAAGAUUGUCAUUCACCUGCAUCAAGCCCUGGAAAAUAAGGAGCCAGGCCCCUACCAGCACAGCAAGUACUCUUAUAUAGAGCUGUCCUUCAACGAACAUGUGCAGAUUGAGUUUUACAGACGUCUAACUGAAGAGAUGACUCAGAAACGAUGGGAGAAUACACCUGUCUCACAGCCCAUCCCCACAGGACCUAAGUUUGUGUCUUGUAAAGAACAAGCCAUGGCCCUGAAGCAGUGACCCCUGGGCAAACCCUUUCCUUCCUGCUCCUUUGUUAUUUGUUUGCAUGUUUUUUGAGUUAUUGUUCGUGCGUGUCUGUGUUUAACAAAGACAUUUUUUUUUCUCUCUCUCCUGGUUUCUGUGGUUCUGUAGGCAGGAAGAACAUGCGCAGUGGGGAUUGUGGGUAUUGAACGGAAGUUGGAAGAGAAAAGAAAAGAGACAGAUAAAAACAUUUCUGAGGCCUUUGAGGAUCUCAGUAAACUGAUGGAAAAGGCCAAAGAGAUGGUGGAGCUCUCCAAAUCCAUUGCCAACAAAAUCAAAGACAAGCAGGGUGACAUUACAGAAGAUGAGACUAUCCGCUUCAAGUCUUAUUUGCUGAGUAUGGGUAUAGCCAACCCAGUGACCCGAGAGACGCACGGCUCAGGCACACAAUACCACAUCCAACUCGCCAAACAGCUGGGAGACAUGCUGCAGGCCCCACUGGAGGAGCGUGGAGGAAUGAUGGCCCUCACUGAAGUGUACUGUUUGGUGAACAGAGCCCGUGGUAUGGAGCUUCUCUCUCCGGAAGACUUAGUCAAUGCCUGCAAGAUGUUUGAAUCGCUGAAGCUUCCUCUACGGUUGCGAGUUUUUGACAGCGGCGUGAUGGUGGUUCAGCUCCAGUCCCACAGUGAAGAGGAAAUGAUUGCCUCAGCUCUAGAUAACGUGUCUGAUAAAGGCUCCCUCACAGCUGAAGAGUUUGCCAAGUUGUUGGGACUGUCAGUUCUCCUUGCUAAAGAAAGGUUGUUACUAGCUGAAAAAAUGGGUCACUUGUGCCGAGAUGAUUCGGUAGAAAGUCUGCGUUUUUAUCCCAACCUGUUCUGAUGCUUGAAGCCGAUAUGUUAUCGAACCCUGCUGGUCCCGGAUCCCUCUCAGAUCUGAUAACUGAUUAGCUCUGGCUCUGGACACAAGUGGGCACCUACUUUCUACUGUGUUUGUCAAUAGGGUCUUUCAUGAAUGUUUUUUUUUUUUUUUUUAAACCUGUUUAGUGAUUUCCAAAGCCUCUAAUGAAAAGGAGAUGACAGAAAUUAUUAUGAGGAUGCAGAGGACCCAGUCUGUUGUUGAAAUAGGUUAUGUUGAUAUUGUGUGUGACUCCAGGACACAUUCAAUGCUGUCAGAUUGUCCAAAGAAAUAUGUGUGCAUUAUGCAUCAAACCGUGUUGUAAACACAUGGGGAAAAGACAAGGAAAAUAUUUUACGAAAAUUCUAAAAACAAAAAUGCCAGAAUAACCAGAAAAUUCAAAACAUAAAAAAUAAUAAUUCAGUGAAAUUUUUGUUGAAACCAAUCUGCUUUUUCCCUCAUGGCAGCAUAAAGUCUAAUAUACUUAUUUUGGAUUGUUGUGUAAAAAUAAUAUAUUUUUAAAUAACA